CUGUACGUGAUUGGCGGGGAGGGAGUGUGUGUGUCUGGGAACCUGCUACUGGUUUCCCACACACACACAGCCGCAGUCAGUCAGACAGACAGACGUUCUCUGCGCAGAAACAGCAGCAAGGAAACAAACUCUCCUCCCGCCGCUUACACAACAACAACUGUCGCAGAAGUAAAGUCGACGCGAUGUUAAAAGUGAAAGGCUUCCGUGUAGUGUGAGGAGACUGGGAAAAACAAGGCUGCGGAAAGUGAGUAAACUGUGACAGCAGCUGGAGAAAUUAACCGAAGGACUCGGGGACCCGCCGCACGUGGAAAUUACUACUGAAACACAUCGGUGGAAGUGUGGAUCUCGUUUUCUCCACUCAAACUAUUCUCCAGCUGUUCACUCCUACCUUCUUCAGCGAUGAGCGUCAAGUCGGCCAUAAACAAGGAGGUCUUCAUACCCCACGAUGAGAAGAUGCUUGUUGCUGCGCAGGUGAAGAGGAGGACCAAGAAGAAGAUCCCCUUCCUGGCCACAGGUGGUCAGGGAGACUACAUGACCUUCAUCUGCAUCUCAGUGACUAAUAAGAAACCCUCCUGCGUGUCCAUCACUAAGGUGAAGCAGUUCCAAGGAUCUUCUGCUUUCGUAAAAAGGUCACAGUGGACCAUUGACCAGCUACGGCAGGUCAACGGCAUCGACUCCAAUAAAGACUGUCCAGAGUUUGACCUGAUGUUCGAGAAUGCUUUUGACCAGUGGGUUGCUUGCUCAGCAGGAGAGAAGUGCACCUUCAUCCAAAUCCUUCACCACACCUGCCAGCGCUACAGCUCCGCACAGAAACCAGAUUUCGUCAACUGUCAGUCCAAACUGUUGGGGGAAUACCAAACUGUAGAUUCAGUCAUUUUCCGUUGCAAGGUCUAUUUGAAAAGAAAGAGGAAAGCAUUUGUUGCACACAACGGCCAUCUACUAAGACAAGGUAACAGCAUACUGCACUCGGCUGCGGACAGUGUGACGAGUGCCGUACAGAAGGCGAGUCAGGCUCUGAACGAGCGCGGCGAGCGAUUAGGCCGGGCGGAGGAGAGGACCGCGGACAUGAUGAACAGUGCUGAACAGUUCUCUGUUACUGCACAGAAGCUUGCCAUGAAGCACAAGUGUUAGACCACUGCCAAAACCAACUGGUCACCAAUUGCCAGUCGCUGUACAGGAGAAGGAUUCCAGAUGUUAUUAUUGUUAAUAGAUUUAAUAUGAUUACUAUUUGUUAACAAUGUUAACAUUUUAAUGUUUUGGGUUGUUGAAUUCUGGUACAUCAUCUGACGGCGACACAUCUCGCUGGGGGGAGGAACAGAGGUAACCAACGCUACUUCAGACUGUCAGCCGAAUGUUUCGUGCUCCCGUUUGCCAAAUGUAUUCACAAGCUAUGACUGUCUUAAACAUAGCCAAUCAGAACACUUCCCCUCUUUAUAUGCUCACACGCUCGUGUGAGAGUCAACAUGCUGACAAGUCAUUAUCAGCAAUCACUCAAAGACCAGGAACAGCUUGUAUCGCUGGGUAUUAAUUGGUGAGAAUUAUUUAUGAGCACUGCAGUGAUUAUGCAGCCGCUGUCAUUGGUUUGUGACUGGAUUGGUUGACUGUGUACACACAAAACAUAUAUAAAAAACACAUAUAUAGCACAUACAUACCUGAAGAUUUUCUUAUCUGAUGCUUAGGUUGUAACCAGGUAAAUAAUUUGACGAUGCAUUAGGUAGGAUGUGAUGUCAGGUAGAAGGAAUAAUCAAAUCUUUUAUUCUCUUUCGUCGACAUUCAGACAUUGCAGUCUUUUGCUCUGUUUUGCUGCAUCAUUUCAAAAAGGGAUAACACAACAGUAUUAGUCAAAAAUGUUUUCAAUAUAUUAUUUCAUAAACUGCACAUGACACGGCUUGGAUGGGUUUGUGUCUAUAACAAUAAAUGACAACAGUGAAAUAGUGAAGUCCUCUGUCUACCCUUCCAAAACAACCAAAACUACAUGUAAUAAAGUUCCUAACAUAUUUGGGAGUGUACUUGACGAACUCUGUCUUGAAAAAAGCUUUUUUUAAUUAUAAUAAUUUAUGUUGAAUUCAGUAAACCAGCUUCUGCAUUGUAUAAAGCAGCAUAAGGAAUAUCUUAGUACUAUGAUCUAGGUGUCUGUGGAGCUAAUUUGUCCUAUUCCCAUGGGAUCUUAUAAAUGACUCUUGGCUGUAUUUCAACGUUAAUCAUUCAGUAGUCAUUUCUUUAUCUAUUUUUUAUAAUUUGGGUCGGUCAAUAAAAGGCUGUGUUUGCUGAUAGAUAACGGUCAAAAUGUCUCAAAUAGCAGCAGCAGUGUGUAGUAGUUUACUUGUUGUCAGUGCUCUCACGCUAACGGUAACCUUGGCUUUCUCACUUGCAAGAUGCUGCCCUCACAAUCGAGAUGUUUUGAUUUCUUUUCUGAAUAUUUUAUUAUUCACAUUGUUGCCAAGCACUGACAACUUUAUCUUGCGGAGCACUGGCAAGGUCAUACUGAAACGUUCCAGUUGCCUCACUGUUGGUGUGCUUUUGUUCCUCUCAAACACUUUGGAUGUUUAUUAUUUGAUCAAAUAAAUAUUUUAUAAUGUUGUCAGUGUCUUUUUUAUAACCAGCGCUCACAUUGCCAUAAAAUAAUGGAAUCAGACGCUGUACCUUUUAUUUUGUUGGGUUUCUUUGUGGUUGUUGUUGCAUUUUGUGUGUUUCAUGCAUGGUUUUUCUCUUCUCAUGAACAACAAGCUGCCAAAACCUUAACGUGUCUAAAGGGUCUGAUGUAGUCUCACGUCAUGCUUAAACAAUACUCAUAUCACAGUGAUUAAUUCUAUAUUAUACUGUUUAUUGUGUAAUAAAGUCAGAUGCCCAAUC